AUGACAAGCGGCUUUGGGCCUAUUCCACUGAUGCCACAAUCUAUUGGACAACAGUCAGGUGAUUGGCGGCAAUCAUUAGCGGCUUUACUAUGCAUAAUACUAUGUUUCGUUGUAUUACUUUCGAUAUGUUGCACUGGAAUAUAUCUAAUCAAAGAUAAACCUGUUUACGAGGAAUUAGUUGAUUAUUUGGACAAAUCGAUUGCAAUUAGUAAAAUUAAUUACAAUCAGCAACUUGGAUUUUUUGAACUUGCAGAAAAUGAACUGCAAGUAUUAGAACAACAUCGAACGUACAAAACUUUAUUAUGGACAUUUCUAUUUGCCGAUUUGGGAUGCUAUUUUUUCUUAACCAUUUGUAUUCUAAUAUAUUUAACUAUGGAUACAAACAAAGGCAAAGCACAUAUUGUUUUUUGGUUCUUUUUUGUGAUAGCAAUAUUAUACUGUAUAAUGGAGGUGCAUAUAUUGGCAUUUAUGAUUUUUCCAUAUACAUCAUUGCUACCAACUGGUACCGAAAAUUUACUGAAUCAUGCGAUACCGUAUAAUCCGGGUGGAUUAGUACAAAUGGAACAAAGACUUGAAUGUAUCUUUAAUUUAAAUCUUUAUGCAGCGCAAAAAAGGAAGCAGAAUCCAUCGAACACUUGCGAUCCAUAUAUUUCGUCAGCUUUCAUAGGAAAAGGUACACUUUGGACACUUUUGGCUCUACGUUUAAUACCAGUGGUCUUUUUUGUAGUAUUAAUUAGCAGAAAGGUGGCACUAAGUGAGGCAUUGGCAUCGGUAGCACAACGAUUUCGAGCAGCAAUAAAGCCUAACAAUCCAAGGAGCAAGAAAACAAAUUAUAAACAAAAUUUUACGAACGAUAAAAGGACAAUAAUAGGUGUUCCAUCAGCAACAACCACUCGGCCUAAUGUUGCAUCACCGCAACCAAUUCUAUCAUUACCUGCCAAUGAUGAUCACAGCACAAGCUACAACAAUGCCGCAUUUUUUGCAACAUCGGGUGCACCUGGUCUAACUGGCUUAAAUAGCUCAAGAAGUAGCGAAAUAUCAAGGAGUGAUGCUAUCGAUUUGUACAGGCCAUCGAUGCAGGCAAGUAGUAGUAUAAUGUCAGAAGUUUAA